CGCAGUCCAUAAGAUUAUUUGAUACUAGUGACUUACAGACAUGGUUAACUAUACUUUAAUGUCAAUAUUUUUCUUAUUUUUUUAUUUUAUUGGUUUAGAUUCUGCUGAAACAGAAUUUGAAAAAUUAUACACCCAAUGCUGUAAGUUAACCUUUAACAGUUGAUAUGAAGAAUGAAAAUUUGAUGUAUUAUGAUUGUCAAAGAUCAAUUUAUGCUAAUGUUGCAAACUUGCCUCAUGCAAUAACCGCUGCAUGCAACAGGUAUGACUCAACGAGUCUUAGCCAAGGUUAUGCAUAUACAUUUAUAAAGAACUAUAAAAACGACAAUUUAAAAAGUCGUUAUAAAAAUCCAUACUCUUUCUGUGUGGCUCUAAAGUCAUAUAAACAACCGUAUAAAAGACAAGUUUCACCUCUUUCACAGAAUAUACUUCUAAAAAUAUACGAAGAGUGUCUUUCUGAUAUGGAAAGUAAAAACUUGGUAUAUUAUAAUAAUAGCAAUAAUUUGUAUUAUGCUGCAGAAAAUUUGGAUACAGUUUUACGAAUUUUAUUGAGUAAUCAGUCAAUUAAUAAAGGUUAUGUAUUUACGUUUACGGUGUCUAGCGUUGGAAAAACAUUAAAAGAGAAUUGUAAAGAUCCAACAAAGUUUUGUCAGGCAUUAUUCCAACAAGAAGAUCCGUUUAACAAUACGUAGAAUAUUUAAAUUAUUUUGUUGUUUAUUUAAUUCCAUUAUAAUUAAUAUUUUAAUUUUUACGAAAUAUAUUAAAUAUUCUUACUACCUUAA